AUGUCUGAUCUAGGAAUCCUAUCUGCAUCCCAUGAUGGUUCUCUCAGAUUAUGGGCAGUAAGUGGUGAAGUGUUAAUGGAGAUGGUUGGUCAUACUGCAAUUGUUUAUUCAGUUGAUUCACAUGCAUCAGGACUUAUUGUCAGUGGUAGCGAAAACCGUUUUUCAAAAAUAUGGAAAGAUGGAGUUUGUGUUCAGAGCAUAGAGCAUCCCGGUUGUGUUUGGGAUACAAAAUUUAUGGAAAAUGGGGAUAUUGUGACAGCAUGUUCCGAUGGAGUUGUACGCAUUUGGACCAUAAAUCAAGAUUAUUUCGCUGACCAGCUAGAGCUUGAUUUAUACACUUCGCAACUUUCGCAGUACAAGUCUAGCAGAAAGAGGGUUGGUGGAUUAAAAUUGGAGGAGUUACCAGGCUUGGAUGCACUGAAGAUCCCAGGAACUUCUGAUGGCCAGACAAAAGUAGUUAAAGAGGGAGAUAAUGGGGUGGCUUAUGCAUGGAACAUGGCAGAACAGAAAUGGGAUAAAAUUGGUGAAGUUGUUGAUGGACCAGAAGGAUCAAGUCGCCCUCUCUUCGAUGGUGCUCAGUAUGAUUAUGUGUUUGAUGUGGAUAUUGGAGAUGGUAUACCUAUCAGGAAGUUGCCAUACAACCGAUCAGAUAAUGCAUAUGAUGUUGCUGAUAAAUGGUUACUCAAGGAGGGUCUUCCUCUUUCCUUUCGCGAACAAGUCGUACAGUUCAUACUUCAAAAUAGUGGACAAAAGGAUAUUACUUUCGAUGCUUCGUUUCGUGAUCCAUAUACCGGCUCCAAUGCUUACAAGUCAACUCCACAGAACUUUGAGAAACUUUCUGAACAGCUGCAUUACCUGAUCUCAAUCAUGACAAUUUCAAAAGAUAGGGUGGUUCCAUCUCCCUUACCCGAUAGCUGGAAAUUGAAUGAAAUAUUUGCUACUGGGAUUGUUCUUGGAGGUUAUUUAGCUCUGAUGACCGUAAUAUUCUUCUGGGCAAUUAAAGAAAAUCAAUUCUUCCCUGACAAAUUUGGAGUUAGGCAUCUGAAUCAUGAUGAAAUGAUGUCUGCUUUGUAUCUUCAAGUCAGUAUAGUUAGCCAGGCUUUGAUAUUUGUGACCCGUUCUCGUGGUUGGUCGUUUCUUGAACGCCCUGGAGCACUUUUAGUCAUUGCUUUCCUCAUUACUCAGCUGAUUGCUACAUUAAUAGCAGUAUAUGCCAACUGGGGUUUUGCAAAGGUACAAGGAAUUGGUUGGGGUUGGGCAGGAGUAAUCUGGCUCUACAGUAUUGUCUUCUAUAUUCCACUCGACGUGAUGAAAUUUGCCAUCCGCUACAUAUUGAGUGGCAAGGCUUGGAAAAAUCUCCUAGACAACAAGACUGCCUUCCCCACAUCACACAUCAAGGAUUGUCAAACUUUUGCACCUUCUUCUUUUGCAAAACCAGAUAUGCUCAAUUAUCAGUAUCCUUUUCUUAAGGCGAGUCCUUUUGUAGAGCCGAUGAAAACCCAAAAUAAAUGGUUUGAUGACAAUCAGUUUGUCAAUGUUGAUUCCUCAGCCCAAUGGUCACCGGUAUCAGUCGAUGCACAAGAAUCCUGCUCGAAUGCAGUACUUUUAGGCUUUGGCAUUGUUGAGCAAUGCACUAAGCAGGAUACAGUUUCAAAUCUCCUAAAAUCUGGGACUGCCGAGUCGCGUACAGAUGGUGUAAAUAUAUCCUUGUUAUUAGACUUGACGAAAUUGCAGUUGUCAGCCAUUAAUGAACCUCAACAACCAUUCUCAUCUGACUCGUCGUCUCUUUUAUACCUUAAUGACAAAUUCAACAUCAAGAAGCCUUUGCUGUAUUUUCUUCAAGAUUCUGCACUUACUUCAAAGGUUACAGUUCAUCUUGAUGGACAAAUCACAUUUAUGGGUGCUGAGAUUCAGAUGAAAGAUCUUCUUUCUGUAGUUGCUGAGUCAUACUUGUCAAAGAGCUUACAUAAGGGUGAACGCAAAUUCGUCAUGUAUCCAAGCCAUGUUCACAAGCUGCAGCAAAAAACAAAUACCACGAGAGCCAAGCUGUGCAAAAUAUAA